AUGAGAGCUGAUGGAAGCCAUUCCCAUGAAAACGAUAGUAAUGAAAUUGAGAAAUUCUGGGUACUUCACCUGAAGACACUUGCUUCGAUGCUUGAUGUGUUAGAGAAUAUCAUUCCUCAGAUGGAGAACUGCAAGUUGGCAGCCAAUACUGCAGAAAACGAGAAGACAAUGAAGGGUUUACUGGGUUCUUACUACACUAUUGUGGAAAAGCUAUUUGUAAUUCUGGAAGAAAUUAAGGCAGGCCGUUGUGUUGGAGAAAUUGGGAUGCCUGAGACUGUUGGCUCUGCCUCCAGAGGCGGUUCAGACGGGUAA